AAAACAAAUAUAUUGUCUUCACUACUAGAUAUUUUGCUACUAUAUCAUCCAUUCUAAUGGCUUCUUCAAGCAAUGCUGACUAUAGCUUUAGUAAAGAGGUUCAACUAUACCCAUACCCGACUCACGUGAACACGGCCAACUUUCUUUCGAUCAAGCUAUCGGGCAAAACGAAUUAUCGUUCAUGGCAGGAACAAAUGACGUGCCUUUUGGACAGCCAUGAUAUGCUUGGUUUCAUUGAAGGAACUAUAAAACACAAUCAAGGAAAGAAUGAUUCUAAAAGGACUCAUAAUUACAAGGAAUAUAGGGAAUGGAAAAGGUCAGACAUGUUAGUCAAAGGAUGGAUCUUUGGUUCGCUAAAUGAAGAUGUUAUGGACACAGUCGUUGGAUUACAUACAAGUCACCAUGUUUGGAAACAACUUAAAAAUAAUUACGAUAUCUUGCCUGCUCCUACUAGCAAUACUGGUAGUGACAGAGAUUCAAGUAAGUAUCAACCUCUAUAUGGAGCUGUUGUGAAUGGCUACUGGGAGAAAGCCCGAGAAUAUUUCAUCAAAGACAAAGAUGCAUUGACUUGUAAAAUCAAUGAUGACGAUGAUAGCCCACUACAUGUUGCAAUUGGUACAUGUCAAAAUAUCUAUUUUGUUAAGAAUCUCCUGAAGGAGUUAAAUUCGGAAUCACUUCCAUAUCUGGUGUGUAAGAGACAACAAACCCCAUUGCACCGUGCUGCACUGGUUGGCAACACCAAGGCUGCCAAGAAGUUGGUUAAGAGAAACCCAAAAUUGUUAUUCAUUACUGAUAAGCAGCGUCUUUUACCCAUCCAUAGAGCUAUUUUUGGUGCUCAUGUAAACACUUUUCUGUAUUUGCUGGAAGUUACAAAAAAACAUAUUGGGCUCUCUCAACUACAAGGACAUAGUAAUCCGUUUAGGGGAUUGAACGCUGCUGCACUUCUCACUAGUGUAAUUGGUAACGGGUUAUUUGAAGUUGCAUAUGAGUUGAUCAAGGAGUAUCCUGACAUGGCUAGAACAAAGAAAGACAUUUCCAUUCCAUUGAAGUCUAUUGCUGGAAAGUUGGACGCGUAUUUAAGCGGAACAAAAUACAACUUCUACCAAAAUUUUGUUUAUCAUUAUGUGCCAAUAAAGGAUCACAACCUGGACAAUGGACAUGAGAUUGAUCAGGAUAUCGAGAAUCAAGUUCGAGAUACCACUACACCUAAUGCCAAGGGUAGGAGAAGCUGCUCCAACUCUGUUUUCGGGUGGAUUUAUGUAAAGUUAUGGGAAGUUCUAGUACUACAUGUGGCACAUGUGAAGCGCCUCCACGAAGACAAAGUGAAACACAAUAAAGCUGCUCUUGUACUCAAAUCUAUUUGCAGAGAACUUCAAAAACUAGAAAACGAGGGUGAACUUCGUGAACAUUACCACGAAGCAGUUCUUCUCGCAUUAGAACAUGAUAAUACUGAGGCAAUUGAAGAGAUCAUCAAAACAUUUCCACAGGCAAUUUGGACCAAGCAGGAUGAUUUACAUCUUAUUCAACUUUCCAUAUUAAACCGUUGUGAAAAUGUUUACAGCUUUUUGGUACACAAGGCGGUCACAGACAAGCAUGUACACAAAAUUUUGACCGACAAAGAUGGAAACAAUAUUUUGCAUUUGGCAGGACAAUUGGCACCUAUACAUAAACUCAAUAUGGUUUCAGGUGCAGCCUUACAAAUGCAAAGGGAGUUACAGUGGUUUGAGGAAGUGAAGAGAUUUGCCCUUCAUAGGAACGGCAAAACAAAAAACAAAAAGCAAGAGACACCAAUUAUGGUGUUCAGAAGAGAACACAAGGAAUUAAGGAAAGAAGGCGAAGAAUGGAUGAAAAAGACUGCAGAUUCGUAUACAAUCACGGCAGCACUUAUCAUUACAAUAGUUUUUGCAGCUGCCAUUACUGUUCCAGGCGGAACUGAUGGCAAUAGCGGAAAGCCCAUUUAUGACAAAGAUCCAGGUUUUAUCAUAUUUGUGGUUUCGGAUGCAAUCUCAUUGUUCACAGCCACUACUUCUUUGUUGAUGUGCCUUUCCAUUUUAACAACGCGCUACAGAGAUGAAGACUUUCUCUAUCGGUUACCAAAGAGAUUGAUAAUUGGCCUUGGUUUGUUAUUCUUAUCAGUGACCUCUAUGAUGAUAGCCUUUAGCGCCACGUUAUACAUUAUGUUUGCAGAGGGAAGAGCCUGGAUAUUGUAUCCGAUAGCUGCAUUAACAUGUCUGCCAAUAAUUUCGUUCGUGAGAUUUCAAUUACCCUUGCUUUUUGAUCUGUAUACUUCCACAUAUGGUCAAGGAAUCUUUGAUAAACAAAGUGAUGAGAAGAUCAAAUUACAUUAGUUAUUACAUAGCAUGACAUAUAUACUAUGCGGGUUAGUUUGUAUAUCAUCCAAAGGUUAUAAUGUACGUGUGCACUAUAUGAACUGUGUAUAGUUCGCUAGCUAGCUAAUCGAAUCUUCUUCUAUACAACAUUAUAAUCAAAAUUUGAAUAUAAUUCCAUAUCUA